ACUGGAAACUACCCUUGAAUGCAGAUAAAUGCGUAUCAAUGUUAUUCACAUUAAUAAAACCUCCGCAAAUGCUACCUACACUUCAAAUUGGAGCAACAGUGCUCAGUUAUGUUCAGCCGCAUAAACAUCUAGGGUUAAUACUAACACCUAAAUUGAACUGGACUAAACAUGUUGACUAUCUGGUGCAAAAAGUGAAUAAACUAAUUGGGUUAUUAAAACUUUACAUUAGAAUUCUACGUCGUCAGGCACUUGACGUGGUUUAUAAGUCCUUCAUCAUGUCCUGUUUUAAUUACGGUAGUAUCAUAUAUGGUAACACAUCCGAUUCCAAUAUUGAGUGUAUUCAAAAGCUGCAGUAUCAUGCGGCGUUAGCAGUAACAGGAGCUAUGUAAGGUAGUAGUAAUCAGAAGGUCUUGAAGGACAUCGGCUGAGAGUCUAUGAAUGUCUAGGAAUGUUUUCAUCGAAGUAGAAUUGUUACAUAUCAUACAAUAUUAGUGACUAAGUCACCUAAUUAUUUGUUUGACUUAAUAUCCUCUUCAGCGAACAAUUCAGUUCCUACUCAUAACUAUAAUACUCGUAGUCAGCAAAAUGAUCAGCACUGGCAGCUAUCUCCCAGAAUAAAAAUGUUUAGAGAAUCUUUUUUUUACGAAGCUCGUAUUGAUUGGCAAGAAUUACCGUUUAGUAACUUACACGAAGUAUAACGCAGUUGGACUCUUUUAAAAAGAAAAUUAAAACAACGGUCAAGAGAAAAGGCUUCCCAUUGCAAAUAAUCGCUUAGAUGAAAUUCAUUUUUGUCGAUGUUGAUUUGAUCGAACUCAGCUAAGACAUGAUCUGUACAUUAGUAAUCUCACCGCUGACCCGUACUGUGUAUGUGAUGCAAAUGAGACACUUGAACACUUUUUCCUUCAUUGUCCUUUAUACAAAAACCAACGAAAACUGCUAUUCUCUAAGAUUGUUGACAUAAUGCCUACGGCAACUAUAACAAUGUCAUUACUUAUGCUAUAUGAUUCUAUGAAAUAUGAAGAUAUGAUACAGAUAUAUCAUUCUGUUUUAAAAUUUAAAAAAAAACGACUAAUCGCCUUAAGCAGCCUGGAUUCCCAUCUGUCACGUAUCAAUAGUAAGUUCGAUCAAGUGGUUGCUACAUGUGAUGAGAGUAAAUUGAGUUGCAGUUCUACUGUGAGCAUCAUUAGGUUCAAUAAAACCAUUGUAACCAACAGUGCAAGUGUAACAUCUCUUUGAGGAUAAGAUGAGGAAUUCUUUUUCUUUCUUUUUUCCUGAUUUUUUCUUUCUUGUUAUGUUUUAGGUUCUUAUUUUUACACGUGUGUGUUUCUGUGUAUAGUGCUAAAGUGGGUUUCUUUUAACCCUUUGUGCUCAGGUUUUUCCUUUUUAAUAAAGGUUUGAAAUAAAGCUUCUUCAAAAAAUCAGGAACAUUUUGUCUUCAUUCCAAUUACGUUCAGUUUUAAUUAUUUUCCAGACAAUAGUUUCGUGAGUAGCAAGAUGAUCGAUGUGUUUGCGGCUAGGUGAGUGGUAUACAGAGGACGCAAAACUUAAAAGGUCCGAGAUCGCUUCAGACUAAUAGAGUCAUUCAUCUUUUCUUUCAACUGAUUCACGCCUUAGUUUUGUACUUAGAGUACAUAUUUAUCAGUCAUAGACGACACAGCCACGAGGCUUGAUAGACUUGAGCCUCACUAGAUUUUAGCCCUACGAUGCUCCACCUCGCCAGGUUUCGGCAAAAAAAUGGAUUUUCCUGUGCUGAAGACUUAUGAGUUUUAGGUAUCCAAAAAAGGAGGACUCAAACAUGAAUGAAGAAUGUCUCAGUCCACACCGUAACACUAGACGACGUUUACCCUAUUAACUUUGAGAUAGCCUGCGAAAAAUCGUUCCAUACUACCAAAAUAAAAAAAAAUGAUGAACCUUUGUUGUUUGUUUAGUUAUAUUAAAUUCGUUCAAAUCAAAUAAAUAAAUUAUUCAAAUUUAUAUAGAACCGAAAAACGAUAGUUUUUCCAUUCGCUGUCCGCAUACAUAUACUGAGAUAUAUCUGGAAGUUAAAAGUCCCAUAACUAACAAACAACUGACUCGUGUUUUUCUAACCUGUGUAUAUCCAGGAAGAGAAACUAAUAUUCUUUGUUUAUCUCAGCUAUCUCAGAUUCAUCUCUUUCUUGCAUGGUUUUAGUGAUAACCCCUUUUAUAAGGCAUCCUCAAUGCUUUAAAGACAUCGGAAUGCCUUACCUUAUGCACCCAAUCGGGUUGAUAGUUAUAACUUGUAUUGAUAGUAUUUCUCGUAACUUUUUCCAUUCUUAUUGUAUCCGACAGAAAGCCAUUCAUUAUUCACAGUGAAUAACUCAUGGUAUAACCAUUCACCAAAUAAAUAUAUCAGCAUCGUAAAAGAAUUUUUUGUAGUGUGGAAUGUUUAAAACUUUUUUGACGUGAUUCGUCUAGUUUCAUGAGACAUUUACAUAUUAGUCUUCUUGUAAUAUCAUAUUUUGACUAUUUGUUCUGUGCAAAAACUAAACUGAACUGAAGGAAAUAUUUCAAUUCAAAAUGUAUGUUAGCCCCAAUGAAUCAAAUUUGAAUUCAGAUAUUUCACCAAAAAGGCACUGAUGGGUUUAAAACUGCCUAAGUUAUAACUUGUUGGAGUUCAAACUAUUUAUAACUAAUUGAACAACAACAGUAUAAUACAAACUGGAAUAAACUUACGAAAUUUUAACUCGAGUUGGUAGUUAUAAUUGAAGUUGAAAUAGUUAUAACUAUCAACCUGAGUUAUUUUCUCUAAUUCGAGUUAUAACCGGAUCAACUUUCUUAUAUUUUAACUCUUGAACAGCAGGUUUUAACCUAUCAGUGAGUCUUGAACAUUUCGCAUACUAUCAUUAUAAUGAUGGUAUGCGAAAUGUUCGUUAUUGUUAUCUUACAGUUGACGAAUAUGUAUUUGAAUGCUUUAGUGAAAACUCAUCAUUCUUUUUAACUGCAAACCUUUAGUAUCCAUUAUUUUGUACACGUAACCAUUGAAAAUAAGUAGUAUCAUGUAAAUGAUGUGUUUCUGAUUAUCUACAUAAUAAUAUAGGACGAUAACCUUCUGUUGACUCUCCUCUGUAUAUAUUCAAAUUUUAACAAUGUCGGUUAUUAAAAAUAGCAGUUUGACCUUCUGGUUUCCUUGACAAUGUCAGUUGAUGUUGUACUUGUACGUAACAGAUUGUAAAAAUGUACGUAGAGAUUACAACAAUAUUACCUACAGAGUAUUUUUGGGACAUUUUAUUUUCUGUUAUUGUUGGAUAAAAUGGUGAAGCAGUAGAUGUGCGCAGGCAAUAAAAUACAACUGCUUUGACAACAAAAACCUAUAAAUACACAUCGCUUUUUGGAUAUAUAGAUUCGAGCAUGUCUCUCAGAUAUCAAAGCGUUUACUCGUUUGCCGCAACAGCAUCAAGAUAUAUUGUUACACAACGCAUGGUACGAAUGCUAUGAACAACGACGAACAAUUGUUCGACAAGGAGAACGUGCUGCUUGUUUUUAUAUGAUUUUAUCCGGUGUAGCACUUCCCACUUACAAACGAGCUACAGACGGAAAUGUUGAAACGUUAGACACCAUGGAAAAAGGAUCGACAUUUGGAGAUUUUAAAAAAGUGUUUAUGUCAUCAGAUCGACACUGCAGUAAAGAAAACCUUAAAUUUUUGAAAACCAGUGUGCCAUUUCUUCGUGGCUUUCCCAUAGAUAAACUAAGUGAAUUUCCACAUGCCAUACAACAUUGUAAUUACAAGCGUGGUGAGGUGAUAUCGCGGGAUAGUAGACGAACAAAACACAUUUUCAUUGUUAAAAAAGGAACAUUGUCAAUAUGGAAACGUUUAGAUCGUACAAGACAUUCACAACAUGAAGAAGAGGAAGAGAAUAUAGAAGAUCCACAACAACCGGACAGUGAAAAUCGCAGCAUGUUCACCGAGAUAAAUUUGAGUGGUGAUGUGAAUGAAGUAACAACAAAAGGAAAUGAUGGAAACGCCUUGGAAACAGAUUUUCGUUUAAGUAAAGCAAGACGAGCGUCAAUGGCCGACAUUAUAAAUGAACAUCGAACUUCGUCAUCAUUAUCGACAACACGAGAAGGUGAAGGAAAAAUAUUGAAAGGAGAAAAGCGUUUUCCCGGUCUUAUUGAUAAGCGUGAUCGGUUGAAGUUAAUCGAUUAUGAUUUAUUAACAAUUGAUACUAAUUUAAAUUUCAUCAAUCAGACUGAUCGUAUACCAACUGCACAUAGUACAACGGUAGCUUCAGACAAAGCACGUUCAUCAGUAUCAACAUCAAAAUCAAAGAUUAGUUUACCAAAAAAAAUGCUUUAUUUGCACGUGAAAACACUUAGUGAAGGACAACAUUUUGGUUUAUCUGACAUGUUAUUUUCUGAUCAACCAGCAUUAACCAUUAUAUCAAAUGAUUGUGAAUGUAUGCUAUUAUUAAAAUCAGCAUUUAUUCGAAUUGUUUCUGACACAUAUAAAGACACAAUUCGUCGACAAGAAAUACCAUUUCCUAAUGAAGAUGAUUUUUAUAAAUGUUAUCAUUCAAAUGAAAUAUGGAAGCGUUAUUCAAAAGAUGUUUAUCGAGAUGCAUAUGAACGAAUGAAUAAACAUAAAAAACGACAACAAUUAUUACCAAGUAUAAUGAAUCAACAAAAACGUACCAAUUGGAAAUUGGAAUUAAUUGAAGAAUAA